CUAUCGAUAACAUGCAGGUAACUUGUUGGCCGCGUUAUUUUGAUAGCACGUGUGUGAAUUGAAGAAUCCGUGCAAAAUGACCGACGUUGUGGAGGCCGUGUUCAUCAGCACGGGCAGCGAGGACAACACUACCUGCAGUGUCCAGGAUCUGCGCACCGGCACAGAUUUAAUGCGCUACAAGGGCGGGGGAUGCGCCCAGCACCAAGGCCUCUCCAUCAUCGGUCUGAACUAUUUGUUUGCGGCGAACGCCGCCAAGCCUCUGAUCCAUGUCUGGCCCAUCAACAAACAGGAACAGAUGUCGGGCAUUCGCUUCGUGGUGCCGGGCAAGGUCAAUGCCAUGGCCGUCACGCCGGAUGCAGCCUUCCUAGUGGCCGGCAUCCAGGAGAACAUCUACCUCUGGCACCUGAACACCGGCCGCAUGCUGAACACAAUUUCGAAGCAUUACCAGGCCGUCACCUGCCUGAGAUUCACCGACAGUGGAGAGCACUUCAUUAGCGCCGGCAAGGAUGGCGCUGUUCUGGUGUGGAAUCUCACUUCCGCCUGUGCUCCGCUGGUCACGGGCAAUGGCCAGGAUAGCAACGAACCGCUGUACAGCUUCAAUGAUCACGGCCUGGCCGUCACAGACAUCUACACUGGGAUAGGUGGAACGCGGUCGUACUUGUACACUGUCUCCCUGGAUCGCUGCUGCAAAAUAUACGACUUGAUGGGCGGUGUCCUGCUCGUCAGCGUGGUCUUCCCAGUGGCCCUGCACAGUGUGAUAGUGGACAAGCUGGAGAGGAGCGUCUAUGUGGGCUCUGCCGAGGGCAAGGUCUACGUCUUCCACACGGAGAACGCUCCCCGAAUGACUGAAUACCACAUGGAUGAGGAGGAGGCUCAGGCCUUUGUGGGUCACGCCGAAGGCAAGGCUAUUACCUGUCUGGCUCUGAAUAUGAGUGGCACGACCUUGGUUUCCGGCGGCGAUGACAAGCAGGUCUGCGUCUGGGACACGGGCAGUCGCCAGCUAAUCAAGAGCAUACCCCAGAAUGGAACGGUGAGCAAUCUCCGCAUUCGCCUGGUCAGCGGCGUGGUCUUCCAGCCGGAGCACAAGCAGCCGGAGAUGUUCGCCGACAGUCUGAAGCGGAUGAUCAGCGCACGGGAGGAGAAUGAUUGCAUCGAACUGAUGCCGCUGGCCAACCAAGACGCUGAAGAGGAGGAUGAGUUGCCGCAAGGGGUUCUGGAUGAUGAGCUGCUACUGAAGUUUAUAGCUCAGAUGGGAAGGGUGACUGCGGGGGAGAAUGGAGUGGAGGACAUGGAAGAAACGCUGGAGGAGGAGGAGGACGAUGAGUCUGAGGAUCAGGAAGACUCUGAGCCCGAAGAAGCAGAAUCUGAGGAGGAGCCAGAGGAACCAGAGCCGCAAAAAAAGAAAACAAAAGCAAGGAAGACACCAUCCGACCAGGAGGAUGACGAAGAAGAGGAAGCAACUGAAUCAGUAGCAGGAACUAUUCAAUCGGUAUCAGCUCCCCUCGAAAGAGACGCAUUCAUCGAAAAGUUGCAGGAGGAGAACAGACAACUCAAGGAGGAGACCAAGAGGAUGUUCGAGUACUUGUAUGACUACGUCUCCCGCAGGCCGCAGGGAAGUCCUGACAAGAGCAAACGAAAGAAGCCAAACGCCAAGUAGAUAGCAGCAGUUAACUAAUUUUACUUAGGAUUAGGUUUAAUAAUCAUCAAUUAUACAUGGUACAAAAAAAAUUAGGAAACAAACAGAAAACAGA